AUGGUUCUUGUGAUCUGUGAAUAUCCGUCUAAAACUGGCAAAAACAUGUUUGGCACCAGUAGAGCAUGCGCACAGAUGGCUUUGCUAAAUAAACUGGGACCAGAAAUGACAACAACCACUGAACUUGAGGAGGCGAUAGAGUCCCUGAAGCUUAAACUGCGUGAAUCAGAGCGACACUGCACACUUGAAUCCCUUCGUUACGAAGAACUUCUGCUUGAUCUUGAAUCUUCCCAAAUGCGGCAAAGACAUAAUGAGCUGGGGUCCCUUUUGCUUGAAAAGUCAACACUGCAAUCCAAUUCUACCGAUAAGGACACUCAGCGUGAUCUAUUUGACCUCAUUAAGCCGACAAAGAACAUUGAAGUCACUUGCAAUACAAAUACCCAGGGAAUGGAUCAAGAUGAGUCUGCUAUAGAUGAUUUGGAUGAGUUCCCAAACAACGAAGAGUGGAUUAUUAAUAGGCGUGUCCCAGCUCCACGAGGCAUAGCAUUGGAAAAGCAGAUGGUUCACAGUGUAAUCAUCAGCUGGAAGGCCCCGGAGUUCACCCCCAGCAAUCAGGAAGAAGUGACCGCGUACCAUGUCUAUGCUGACGGUCAAUUUCGGACAUCAGUUGGUGAUCACGAGAAACUACGCGCGCUCGUUGAGAACAUUGAUGCAUCAAGAGUAAGCUAG